AAAGUCUCUGGGAGAGACCCCCACUUGCAGUCUUGCGCGCACAAGAUGACGCCGGCAGUGGCUUUGUCCGCGGCGUGGGCCCUGCUGCUGACGUCGUCGGCUUGGGCGUCCGCUGGCCCGUACGAGUCGGGCGGGGCGCGUGAGGAGUCGGAGGAGCGCCCGUACAAGCGCAGCCAGUGCAAAGCCAUCCCAGCCUCGCUGCAGCUGUGCCGGGACAUGGAGUACAGCGACAUGCGUCUGCCCAACCUGCUGGGCCACGAGAGCAUGAGCGAGGCGGUGCAGCAGGCGUCCUCGUGGAUCCCGCUGGUGCACAAGCGCUGCCACCCGGACACCCGCAAAUUCCUCUGCUCGCUCUUCGCACCCGUCUGCUUGCCCGACCUGGACGAGGCCGUCCGGCCGUGCCGCUCGCUGUGCGAGGGCGUGGAGCGCGGCUGCGCGCCCGUCAUGGCCGCUUUCGGCUUCCCGUGGCCCCCCAUGCUCGACUGCCGCGCCUUCCCGGCCGACGACGGCGAGCACUUGUGCAUCCCGCCCACCGACGUCCGCAACGCCGUGCCUGACGCAGGAGAAGUGCCCAGAGUGUGUGACGCCUGCAAGGAAACCGAUGAAAAUGACAACGAGAUAGUGGACAGCUUGUGCAAAAACGAUUUUGCUCUAAAAAUCAAAGUGAAGGAGAUCUCGUACAUGGACGGCGACACACGGAUCGUGCCGGAGAACAAGAGCAAGACCAUCUACAAGUUGCACGGCGUCAGCGAGCGCGACUUGCGCAAGACGGCGCUGUGGCUCAAAGACGGGCUGCGCUGCGUCUGCGACGAGAUCAACGACAUCAACGCCGCCUACCUGGUGGUGGGACAGAGGAUGGACGACGGACGCCUGGUGGUCACCUCGCUCAAACGCUGGCAGAAGGGCCGCCGCGACUUCAAGAGGAUUUCGCGGAGUAUACGCAAGUUGCAGUGCUAAAAAAAAAAUAUAUAUAUUUCAAAGUUCCACUGCCAGUUAAGCUUGUACAACUUUCUGAAAGUUCACUUAAUGAAUAAAAUCACACUUAGCAAAUAUUUCCAUAUAUGAAAUGAUUGUUGGAAAAAAUGCAAAUGAUGUUUGUUAUUUUUGUACUUCUGAAUUUUUCUCAAGCCAAACAUGAGAGCUAGCUGGCUAUGUUCUCAGCUUUGUUAAUUUUAUGUUCAUACUUGUGCAUGACAGACGGAAACAAACAUUUCCAUUUCUUGACUCCAUUUUUCAUAUUUGCUCUCCCGUGUUUAUUUUCUACUUUAUAAAGAAUGAUUUUGCUAAUAAUCACUUUGUUGUGUGCAUGUGCAAUAUUCGGUUUUUUUUUCACCUUUGGUUUUGUACAUAUUAAAAUUUGAUCUUGUA